AUGCAGUGGUGGUCCGAAACCAAGCGGGGUGGGCCCAGAGUGGAGUCUGAGGACAGCUCCGGCUACCACUGGAAAGAAGCGUCGGGCCACGGUAGAGCUCCCCAAGCUGUGGGCUUUCCCUGGGAAGAGGAUGGCGGCUGGGUGAUGCCGGGAGGCGUUCGUUGCGAAUCGAACGACGUGUCUGGCUGGCUCCGCGGACUUGGGAAAGAUACUUUGGCGGACAUUUGGGACACCUUGCUUCGCUUCGCGGAAGAGCCCGGUAACGACGACGAAGGAGAUGCGCUGGCGUGCAUCCAAGGGCGUUGGUAUGUGCAGACCAAUCAUACAGGUUCCGCGAAAGAGCUCGUGGCGAUCCAGUGCGAAGAGAGGCUGGGAAUUGUGGAAGCUCGCUUCGCAUGCGAGCAGCACCCGGUCAUCCGGAUCUUCGCACUGUCUGAGUGGGGGCGCCACGCCUUUCGGUCACAGAUCUUCUGCUCCAACGCCGCGCUUUCCUAUGCCGCGCUCAUCCCGAACGCGAAGCCGCGCAAAGUGCCGCUUUGCAAUCCGCAGUUCGCCGGGCGCAUAGGUUUCCUCCCUUCCAUGGAGUCCAUGGCACUUUUCGACGAUGGGAAGCGGCUCUGGGUACCACCCGUGGCCCUCCAGGGUCUGCUUCCUGCAGUUCUAACUGAGGGCUGCCGCUUUUGGGGCAUCUGCGACGGCGAUGGCGCUGUGAGCUUCGUAGGAGAACCCUUCAACCCACCGAUCUACAGCAGCUUGACCUACAGCCUCAAGGUGACGUGUCAGCACGGCGUCGCCCGUGUGACCCGCAAGGUUGGGGACAAGAUCUGGGUCCUGGCAAGUCCGAUCCAUGCGCCUACGGGCUCCCAGAUUGCCCGCUUCGCGAACAUCCUGGCGCCCUUGGAGGCAAUGAGCCACGCGCUCUUCUGGACCUCCGAGGACGGCCAGAGCCUCACCUUGGUGGAACUUCCCCGCGUGCAGCUGCGCUUUGCCCCGGGUCCCGAUCCUGGCGGACGUGGCCUGAGACUUUUCUCCAAGGAAUUCGGAGGCUUCUAUCUGCUGGAUCGCAACGGCGUCCACGACGCGGAGGCCUGGCAGGCGGCCACAGGCGACCCAAGGGCCUCCGAUCUCGCCUCUUACCUCGCGAAGAUGCCUCAUGCCGUGGUGCUUCGCAGCACGGCUGGGGCCAUCCGAAUCCUGGUGACCAAUGCAGACGUCGUCAGGCCGGCUAUCAAAGUGAAGCCAUUCUCCACGGACCUCGUGGUGAAUCGCAAGCUUCUCGUCGCCCUGGGUCUGAAGACCUUCCUUUGGGACUUUCACGAGUCUGGCUCCCUGCUUCUCACUUCAUCGCUGAGUGGCACGCUUUACCUUACCCUCCUGACAUUGCUGCACCGCGACUACUCCUCUGCUGCACGACUCGUAGGUUCGAUCGGCUUCGAUGAAGGCAUCUCGGCCGAUGAAGAGCGGCUGCUGAUAUUCAACCUCAAGUCCACCGUCACAGACCGUCAUCCGAAUGCUUCCGCAAUUCGACUGAAGCUCCUUCUCGCGCUUAUCGCGCACAAUCCCAAGCACUUCCUGCUGAAACCAGAAGAGGAGCUCAUUGCCGGGGACUACGCUGACUAUCUCGUCAAGCUGAACCACGUCUCGCAGCAUUGUCGCCUCCUCUUGCGAGAGGAAGGCUCUCUCCUCCGAAAUAUGACGGACAUGGGCGCGGAUUUCUGGCCUCAAGCUGUCAACCGGAAGCGCUUCGUUGAGGCCUGCCUCAACGACAGCUCUGCUUGUGUCCUUACGUAUGGCGAUUCGCAUCCUGGCGGCCGCCGGGAAGGCUUCCUCGGCUAUCAAAGCUUGUCCGGAGUCAUGUCCUCCUACGUGAAGAACAAGUGGUAUGAGAACUUCACUGUGGACGAGGCGGAAGCUGGCAAAAGCCGCCAGGAUCUGGCGUCUCUCAUCGAGCUGAUGGACCGCUUCGAUCGUGAGGACUGGACCUGCUCCGGGACUUUGUUCUUCACCCUCUACGGCAUCCUCACAGGUGUCAGCCAUACGAAGCUGAAUGGCAAGGACGUGGCGCAGACCGUCGCCCGCCUGGCCUUGGAGAAGUUCUGGCUCCGGAUGGUGCGACUCUGCAAGAACCCUUCAGGAGAUGACUGUCGAACGAUCCGUACGCUGUGGUCGGUGAUGGGCAUGCACUCACUGGGCACCGCCAGCAUGCUCCCAAGCUUCGCUGAAGCUGUGAAGCUUUACAAAGAGUCGAAGUAUGGAUGCCUGAUCGGCCAUGACGAAAAGGGCGGCCUCAUCUGGCUCAACAAGUUGAAUGCAGCGCUGGAGCAAGACGGAGGCUACAGCUCUGCAGAGGCUCUCACAGCCGCAGUGAGCUGCCAGAGCAACUCCAAGACAGACCGACUUUCGAUCAGCGAAGAGUCCAUGCCGAAGUUUCUGCCGGCCCCCGCUCCGCGGCUCUUGGACUUCGCCCGCCGCAGCGCCAGUCUCGAGGGCCAGGGCCGCGAGGUUUUGGCCAUGUUGGGUCAGCCUAUGAAGACGAUCUCCGACAGUUUCGUCUGCGACUUCGAGGAGUCUGUGAGUGUCCCCGAGAACCCCUUCACCACGGAGCGGCUCAAAUCCCUUCCCGGGGGCAUGACCCGCAUUGCCGGAGAUAUCAUCAAAGGCAAGCUUGAUGGCCAUGCAGUCUACUUGGAUCAAGCCAGCAAGCGGAAAGGUUGCGGUCUGAAAUGCCUGCCGCAGGACCUCGCAUCUGGUCACCUGGAACCGGCACUGGGCACCCUCGAUGAGCUGGAAUCUGAAGUGAAGACCUCCUGGUCGAAAGACCUGCAGCAAGUGGUCAGCAUGCGGACGGAGAUGCUCGAGACCGCCGACAAAGCACCCGCCGACCAGGGAGAUGGCACACGCUUCUGGCUGCAGCGAAGAGGCGGCAUCGAAGGUCAUCUUUGGCUCGAGUGGUGCGUAGGUGCGGAGCUCGACAACGAGCGAUUCUUCGAAGGCUGCAUCGCCGCGGUGAACAAGGUCUCCAACACAGCCAGUGCCCAGUUAGUUGGGCAACGGAUGCUGGGGAUGAUGCUCUACGUCUGCCGCAUUGCUCAGGCGCAGCUGGCCCUGGGUUCCCUCCAGGACCUUCGCUCCGCGAUCCGGCGCGCCGAGAAGACUGGGGUGGAUGAGGUGGUCUCCAAGGAGUUGCAGACGCUGGCUGGUCGUUUGGCCGUGUUCUUGGGGUGCAAGAGGAACUACACCAACGCUGACGGCAGUACAGACAUCUCCCCUGCGUUUCUGCUGUUCGAAUAUGUCACCGGCUUUCUGGUGAGGAAGCAGCAGGUCACGCUGAUCCAGACGUUCGCCAAGGAAGCCUUUGAGGGGCGCUCACUGGUGGCGCAGAUGAUCAUGGGUGCGGGCAAGACCACAUGCAUUGCUCCAAUGUUGACUUUGCUGCUGGGCAAUGACGGCCGCCUGGUGCUCAACAUUGUGCCCAAGGCCUUGUUGGCACAGACGCGGAACGUGAUGCGGAAGAUGUUCGGCCAAAUCCUGGCCAAGCGCGUGGUGACCCUGGAGUUCAGCAGAAUGAUGGGACAGGAUGAUCCUUUCGAUGUGCAGUUGAUCAAACAGCAGCUCUUCGACGCUCAGCGCGAUGCGGCCGUCGUCUGCACCACCCCAGCCGCCAUCAAGUCCAUGUUCUUGCGUCAUCUUGAGCUGCUGCAGCUGAACCACCUGCACAUGAACACCCAGAAGAAGUACAAAGCUGAAAUGCACAAGGCCAAAGAUUCCGUGUCCCAGACGCGACUGAAGAAGCGAAUGCAGGAUGUGAACAAGGAGGUGGAGGGCAACAGGGUCAUGGCGGGGUUCAUCGGCGACGUCUUGGCGAUGCUGCGCCAGAACAGCUGCGCCCUUAUCGAUGAGGUGGACUUGGUCCUGCACCCGUUGAAGUCCGAGCUCAACUUCCCUAUUGGCAACUUCGAGAUGUACGAUCUUGGCUGCGAGCGUUGGAACUUGGCAGUUCAUCUUCUGGAUGCCCUCUUCCUCAAUGACGAGGGCCACGCUGCAGCAGGCACCUUCUACCCGGAGAUUCGGAACUGCAUCGGCAAGGCCGGUGAUGCGGCAGCCGCACGCAUCUCCCAGCUGGAGGAAGAGAUUCCGAAUAUCGUCAGAGAAGGCUACGACGCCCUGACUCUCCAAAAGCAGCCGCACCUGGUGCUCUUGAGCCGGCCCUGGUAUGAUGAGAAGCUACGCAGGCCGCUUGCCGAGUGGCUGGCCUGUUGGAUUGUGACGCGACCCGAGGCCGAGAAGUUCAGACAGGCCGUGGAGUUCAAGGACGUUUGUGACUUCUUGUCCAUGGACCUUGCGGAGCUCCUGAAGUCCAGCUGCAAGGCGAGAGUCGAAGUCAAGGCAGACGGCAUCCUGGGCAAGCUCCUCACGUUGGGACGCGAGUGGCUGUUCAGCCUGGUGCCGCAUGUCAUUUCGAAGAUCGAUCGUGUGCAGUAUGGCCUCCUCACCGAGCAAGAGUUGCAGCAACCGGAGAACCAGAAGGCUCCCUCCAGCCGCCGGCUGUUGGCGGUGCCCUUCGUUGCGAAGGACAAGCCCAGCCCCGCCGCGGAGUUUGCGCAGCCGGAUGUGCUGAUCGGCUUCACCGUGUUGGCCUACCGCUACGAAGGCCUCCGCCUGUCGGACACUGUCCAGAUGCUGCACCACCUCCAGAUGAAGUCUGGGAGGGAGUCAGGGCCCUGGAGCUCGCGUCCCACCUGCGUGCUCUUUGAGCGAUGGAAGGAUUUGGGUGGCAAGCGCUACGAGGAGAAGGGUGGAAAGUCGUCUGCUGGAGGCCUUGAGCCGCUAACUUGGGAGGUGCACCUGGACGACGAGUGGAAGAAGCUGCCCAACUCCAUCACGGAAAAGCUUCGUGAGGCUGUGGCCUUGAAGCAGACCAAGAUACGCUUCAAAGGCUUCGGAGCUCAGCCCUACGAGAUCGACUUGGAAGCAAUGGUCCAAGUGAACUUGAAGUCACACAAAAAGCGGGACAUCCGACAAGUGGAGUCUUCCGCGAAGAGGGGUGACGACUUGAAGCUGCCGGAGCUGCAAGCGCUAUCCUCCUCGACUGGUGACGAGGAGAGCAAGAAGGAGAAAAAAAAGAAGGAGGCAGAGGACAAGCCGGAAGGCGAUGCUGGCGAUGCAGCUCUGGCAGGUGGAACGGUGCAGGAAAAGAAGCCCGAGGGACACGCACAGGUGGCCAUGGAACUCCUGGGUCCCGUCCCAGAAAUCGUGCUGUGGUAUCUGCUGACCAUGGUCUUUGAUGCAGUGCUGCGACAGCAGCCCUAUAAACUCUCGGCCACCGGACAAGAGCUGGGCUCCUCGAUGCUCUUCUCUUCGCGCAUAGGCUUCUCCGGUACACCGUCGUCGCUGCUGCCCGAAGAUCUUGGCACCUGCCUCUUCGAAGCCGAGAACGAAGGUGAGAUCUUGUCCGUCUUAAGUGACGAACAGCACGUGGUUCCGCCUCUCAUCGAGAUGGCAGCUGACUGGUCCCCCGAGAGCAUUCUGAGCACGGUGGCCAAGAGCAAGGACCCUGUGUACCACUGCCUCAUCGACACGGGCGCACUGGUGAUGGGCUUCACCAACGACGAAGUGGCGAAAGUGCUGCUGAAGAUGCUGCCAGAAGAGCUCUUCGAUGGUGUCGCCUACUUUGACGACCGCGACGCUCCCAUGGUCAUUCUUCGCGGGGCAGUCAAACCGGCUUUGCUGAGCGAGGCGGGCGUUCCCAUGGACCGGCGCUUCACCUUCUUCGAUCAGGUGCACACCACCGGCACCGACACGAAGCAGCCUCUUCAAAGCUAUGCAGCCCUCACCCUGUCCGCCUCCAUGACCUUCCGAGACUACGCGCAGGGUGCUUGGCGCAUGCGCGGGCUGGGCAAGGGCCAAAAGCUCCGCAUGAUCAUCACGCCGGAGCUCGCCAAAAAGGUCCAAGGCGCCGUGAAGGCCGAGGGCACCCUUGGCCUCCACGACGCGGUGGCCUUCAUGCUGUCAAACCAGUUUGACUCCGAAGGGAAGCAGUUCGCAGCCUUGCAGCUUCAGAACCUCGCGACUGUCUGGCGCAAGCACUCCCUCAACAACCUGAUGGCAGAGCAGGAGCCGAAGAAUCGCGAGGAACUCCGGGCUGAAGUGGAGUCCUUCUUGGAGUCCUUGCGCUUCCCUGUGGAGCCAAAGGUGCGAGAGCCACUCCGUUUGCACGAGAAGAUGCAGGAGAUGGUGAAUGCGCAGGCUCACAUCAUGACUGCCGACGAGAAGGACGCUUGCGCAAAGCUUAUCGAUGCAGCGGCCGGGGGCGGUGGUGGCGAGGGCGGUGAGCUGGGCGCGGAGAUCACCCGACAGCAGGAGAAGGAGCAAGAGAAGCAGCAAGAGAAAGAGAAGGAGGUGGAGGUUCAUGUUGGGCGAGAACGUGAGCGAGAGGUGGAGUGGCCUCUCAAAGCCUUGGGUGACUCCGACCUAUCGGAGCAGGUCUUCUUCAAGCUGUCAAACUUCAAGAUGUCCGGUCUAAAGACCCGGCUGAAAUGCAGCGGUUCCGCGCUGAUCUCCUCCAACCACACUGCCAAUGACCUUUCAUCGCUGACAGCACGCCGGAUGAAGUCCGUGAUUCUCCUCUUCGUGCUUCCUCACUCCAGCGGCACGAAGACAAUCGCUGUGUCCAUGGCAGAGGCGGCUGCGCUGAGGCGUGCAAGCCAUCUCAGCAGUGAGCACCUUCAGACGGCUUCGCUCUGGGUCAGCUCAGGAUCCAAGAAAGUUCCAGAGUCAUCGCAAAAUUUGCUCAGCGGUGAAGGAAGCUACGGAUCACCAGAAUCCGGUGUUCUCAAGGCACUCAGGUUGGAGGCGGCGCGAUUGCUGCUCCGCUUCUUCAACUGCGAGUUGGACUUCAGGCCGGAAGAGGUGACCAGCACAGUGAAGGCCAUUGAGUCGGGAGGCUCCGCCCCGAAGCAGCGGCAGCACUUCGUGGAGACCGUGCUGACCGCCCGUCGUCGGGAAGCCUGUGCAUGGAGGGACACUCCCUUGGGUGAGAUCGUUCGCGGCGACAGCGCGAAGCUUGAAGAACGAGAGCGCUUGGCGCAAAAUUUGUUUGGCUUGAUGUCGGCACGCUUCAAGAGCACCGGGGACUUUUUCAAAGUGCUGGAUGUCAAUGGUGACGGAGUCAUCCAGCAUGAAGAGUUCCAGCGCUCUAUGAAGAAGAUCUUCAAAGGCGCUUUCUCAGCGGAAGAUAUCCGCAAGCUGUUCAUCGCGGCGGACUCCUCGGGCCAGGGCAACGUGAGCAGCCAGGACAUCGUUCAACUGCUGCGUUUGGGUGCCAUUGCAACGGGCAGCGAGCUGCCGGGAGAGGAACAUGGUGCCGCUCCAAACCCUACCGUGGACGCCGGAACCACCGACGAUACUCCGGAGGAACCUGCCAGCCCGACCAGCCCAUCAGCCGACCCAGGCACCACAGACGGCGGUGGCGGCGGCACCACAGAAAGCUCGAUCGAGGACCUAUGGGGCAUUUCAGCCGAAGCAGCCGAUCGUUUGGUGGUGAAGCUGACAGAGCAGGUGAAUGCGAUGCCAAACGAUCGGCAGACGCUCUUCACGGACCUUUCCGCAGCCCACGAGAAGAGGGAGAAGGAUGCUUUCGUCCAGAAGCUAAGGGAGCUCGCAGGAGUCGCCACUGCAGAGAUGCCAAACGCGCGAGCUUCCAUGCUGGAGGUGGUCGAGGUCGGCAGAAGCUGCGACUCUGCCCACGAUGUGAACUGCUUCCAGAUCACAGUGCUGGCGAACCUCCUCGAUGACCCAGUGCUUCACUCCGAGCUGCAGGACAUGUAUGAGGCUGCGGUCGAAGGAGGAGCUGAGCCCCUGCCCGAAUGCCUGGCGACAGCGGAAAAGUAUCUCGCCAAGACAGUAGCAGUCUGGCGCGAGUUCCCGGAGAAAUGGGCAGAGCUGGUGGCGCUGUCGUCCAGCGAGGACGACCUUCGAAAAGUCAUCGACUUCGCGAUGGCCUCCCAGAGCCACCGGCUCCGUCGCCUGGCGCUGGCGCGCGGCCUGCGCGCGGGCCCUGCAGAGGCCGCUGCUGCCGGUGCCGUGGAGAUGUCGACAGCCAUCCUCGCAGAGAUCUCGCAGAUGAAGACUAAGGUCACGGCUGCUGGGGAUGACGAUCCCAUCCACACAAUGGUCGAGCUGGGAGUGUUCCUAUUGGCGAGCCUGGUCAAGGGCGCGCGGUCGGCAACGCUUCCAAAGUUGUCGGGGGCUGACUUCCAGGAAGCCGCCAGAUAUGUGUGGGAUCAGAAGCAAGAUCAUCCACAGAUCAUCACCGCUCUCUGCUACGUGUUGCAGGCGCUGUCGUUGAAGCUGACAAAGUGGCAGGUUCAACUCAACGAUGCUGGAGACUGGGCAGAUUUGGCAGCGGAGCGGCAACUGGAACUGCGCAAGGCCACAGAGAAAGGCGAGACGGUGAUCCACUUCCGUGCGCGCGGAUUCCCCUACGAGAUUGACUUGAAGGAGAUGACGCAGAAGAACCUGAAAACUGGCACGACCAGGACGAUUCAGGAGGUGGAAGUUCCCAUCAGCACGCUGGCCGGAGACGGCGGGGCCGAGGAAGAGGUGGAAGCCGAGAAGCCCUACAAGUGGCAGGUCUCCAAUGGAAAAGGCGGGUGGUGGGACUUCCCCGAAGACGUGGAUGCCAAAUUGAAAGAGACCCCGCCCGAAGCCAUGCAGCAAGUGGUUCAGGACCACGAGAAGCGCUGCCCGCAGCUGCCAGGUGUGCCGUACAUUGAUGUUGGCAAGACCCAGAAUGCAAACCAUUUCCUGCACAAGUGCGAUUUCCAGGUUUGCCGGCAGUCGAAGCCUGGAAAGCAUUUGAGUGCCAGCUCCCCAGCAAUCAAACGCAUGAAAGACUACGUCAACGAGAUGGUCCGGUCAGGGAAGGCACACCAUCAUGACCAAGUCUGGACCACUGCGUACGAGCCAGCAGCUCGCAUCAUUUGGAAGGAUCCUGGUCGUCAAGGUGCCAUGAAGGAUCCUCUCCGGAGUCGCGGCAAGUGGUUCCGGCGCCAGCGUUUGGCGGAGCAACUUCGUGUGGAACUGGGUUUGCAGGAUGCAGCUGUGCAGGACGGCGGCCCGCAGCGCAACAAGGAGGAUGAUGGGUACUCCCAGGUAGAUGCCGUGGCAAACUGGCGGCAGCCACGCACUACCACAACGUUCUCCUUGCAUAACGGCGACUUGGGACGCCUGUUUAUCACGUUUGCCAAGGAUGGCAUCUCGGAGAAGGAGCUGGCGGAGGCACAGGAGCUGCGUGCGUUUGAAGUCGUCACGCGGUCGCGUCACAACACCCACAUGUGGCGUGGCGAAACCGCCAUCGCAUACCUCGAGAUUUUGGUGGUGGAGUCGAAGCAGCGCGCGUUACAAGCUCCAUGCUUCGGCACCAGCCCUGUCUGGGAGCAGGAGAAUCCUGACGCGUUCAGAACCACGCCCGCAAAUAGUGAAGAGGGUCCAAGCGAAAUAACGGAGCCCAAGCCUACCGACACAUUGGAAGACGGUGACCACUUCCUUGUUCUCGGUUGUCUCGGAGACCUGGAUGCGGCCCAGGGCGUGGCAGUGGCCCGGGCUGCCCUCAGCGCCUGGCACACCACGGCGGUGGCAGAGAGAUGCGAGGCGGCUGCAGCCUUGCUCACCGAAGUAGCCAUCGACAGGAAGGCUGCUCCGGCAACACCGCAGUCCACAGGAGGCUGCGACAGUCGCGACACCUCGACGAUUGGUACGGCACCGCUUUCUGGAGUGCUUCGGACCAGGGAUGCAGAGGUGAUCCCCGAAAUCGUUGAUGCGACCUCUCGGGCAUCCACUCAACCUUUAGAGGCAUUGGUGCCCAAGGUGUCGGCCAACGGUGGACAUCUUAGAGGUGAUUCGACACCUCCGCCUCCUCCGCCUCCACAGCGAGGACCAGGCACUUUCCUGAACUCCGAGGUUAUGGCCAAAGAGACGCCAACCAUGGAAGUCGCAGUUCCCGUGCUACCGAUCGCGAGGCCUGGUGGUGUGCAGUGGCGUGCUGCAGUGUGGCCGGUGCCCAGCUCCCAGCGCUCUGGCAGCCUCGGGCCCAAGACGGGACAGCCCGGGCCAGGAGCUUGCAGCACUGGCGGCGACACCUCGACGAUUGGUACUACACCGCUCACCGGGGUGGCCGUGAACCACACAGCCGUGAUCCGUGACCCCGCUGAAGUGCUGCCCAAAGAGACAGUCAAUGGUGGGCAUCUGAGAGGCGGAGUGCUGCUGCGAUGCGGCCAGGCGAAAGUGCCAGGCGGCGUGAACGGCAGCAUCCAUUGA